AUGAGUGAUGAUGAUGAUGAUGAUGAUGAUGAUGAUGAUGAUGAUGAUGAUGAUGAUGAUGAUGAUGAUGAUGAUGAUGAUGAUGAUGAUGAUGAUGAUGAUGAUGAUGAUGAUGAUGAUGAUGAUGAUGAUGAUGAUGAUGAUGAUGAUGAUGAUGAUGAUGAUGAUGAUGAUGAUGAUGAUGAUGAUGAUGAUGAUGAUGAUGAUGAUGAUGAUGAUGAUGAUGAUGAUGAUGAUGAUGAUGAUGAUGAUGAUGAUGAUGAUGAUUGA